AUGAGAUCUGUCAAGUGUGUUAUAGUAGGCGAUGGUGCGGUAGGCAAAACUUCAUUGUUAAUUUCAUACACUACUAACAGUUUUCCUCAAGAUUAUAUUCCAACGGUAUUUGAUAAUUAUUCAACUACAAUCGCUGUUCCUGAUCCGCAGUCGUCUACUGGUGAACAACAAUUGUUCAAGUUAAACUUAUGGGAUACUGCUGGACAGGAAGAAUAUGAUAGGUUGAGGCCGUUGUCAUAUCCUCAAACAGACAUCUUUCUCAUAUGCUUUAGUGUUAACGAGCCUGUCAGUUUUAUAAAUGUUUCAGAAAAAUGGUUUCCAGAGAUAAGACACAAUACAAAUUAUGAAAAUAUGGAGUUAUUCCUUGAAUGCGGUAAAUAUCCAAUUCUACUAGUCGGCACCAAGGCUGACUUAAGAGACGAUGAGCAUGAAGAGGACAGACUACGGGAAAUGAAUACUGAUUUCGUAUCGCAACCAGAGAUCGAUCGUAUUGUGCAUCAAUGUGGAUUCAUGGGUUAUGUUGAAUGUUCAGCUGCCACACAAGAAGGUAUCCGUGAAGUUUUCGAACGUGCUAUAGAUUGUGUGGUAUAUAAACCGGAGAGAUUAAUAAAUAAAAACAAAAAACAUUCAAUGAGUAAUUCAUCAAAACUGCCACUAGACAAUAACUAUUCCGGUCAGCAUGAACACCUGAUAGACAUCAAGGCUAAAAAUGCUAAAUUUGACAACAGUCAUACAUCUAACAAUGGAUUUCAUAGUUCCUUGGGGAUAGAUGCAGGUUCUUCACGAGAAGUAGGUAGGUAUGGUAAUAAUAAACAGCAGAAUGGUAAUAGCGACAAAUCAAACAAAAUGAAGAGAAGGAGAAAACUUAGAUGCAUCAUCUUGUAA